CAUCCCACCGCAGCAGCGUCACCAGAAAUCACUCUCGUGGUGGCUUCUCCACCUUCAAUUUCUCACGGGCAACAAAUCGUAUUUCCCAAACUGUGACGAGUUUUCAGAAAAUACAGUCAUGAAGGAUGAAAUUGAAGGAGAGAAAGUGGAUGAUGUGGUUGAUUUAGUGGAUCUGUCUCCGACAAGUAACAAAUCCCAGUGUCAAGUUCCUUCCCAAAGCAACUCUGCUAUAAGGCCUGCUAAAAAAAGCCAACGCGCAAAUAAGAAUUGGAGUAUUGACGAGGAUGUUGAGUUGACUAAUGCAUGGUGCAAUGUGCCGGCGAAGGCACAGGUUGGUGUUGGACAAAAAAAGAUAAAGUUAUGGGAGCGUGUAUGCGAGAAUUUUGUUAAGCGCAUGGAAGACAAGCACAAAGUAAGUAGAUUAGAAAAUGAGAGGACACCUGGAGGAUGUGAGAAUCGGUGGAUGGAAAUUCGAUCACAGUGUAUUAAAUGGUCCGCCAUACGAGUUCAGACGCAACCACAUUAUCAUAGUGGAUGGAGCCCAACAGAUUUUGAUCAAUAUUGCCGAACAAGAUAUUUGACUAAACAUGAAUCAAACUUCAAGUGUGAAGCAAGCUGGCAUAUACUAAAAGAUCAUCCGAAGUGGAUGGAACUUGUUAGUGGAAAGAAAUGCAAAGUAAGUGGGCAGUCAAGUACGUUUGCUAAAGAAGUUAUCGGGGAGGCAAAUGAGGUUCAGAGACCUGUUCAAGGCCACUCUCCAGUCACCCCUAUUGACUCUAGUUCAGGGGCGGUACGUAUACAUACUAAUUCCUCAGAAAAAGGUCCAAAUCCAUCAGAACUAGGAGGCCCUGCUGCAAUUGAUAUGGAACAUCCCGUUGGAGCAUGUAACAAGUCAAAUGAUGAGCGGCAACAAAAGAUACAAAGGCACGAAGAGUCUCAAGUUCAAGUUCCUUCCAAAAGCAACCUUGUUGUAGGGCCUGUUAAAAAAAAUCAACGUGCAAAUAAGAAUUGGAGUAUUGACGAGGACGUGGAGUUGACUACUGCAUGGUGUAAUGUGCCGACGGAUGUACGAAUUGGCGUUGGACAAAAAUUAUGGGAGCGUGUAUGCGAGAAUUUUGUUGUGCUCAUGGAAAAUAACCACAAAGUAAGCAGAUCCGAAAAUAUUAGAACACCUGGAGGAUGUGAGAAUCGGUUGAUGGAAAUUCGAACACAAUGCAGUAAAUGGUCAGCCAUACGAGUUGAGGCGCAACAACAUUAUCGUAGCGCAUGUUGCUCAGCAAAUUUUGAAGAAUAUUGUCGAAAAACAUAUUUCAAUCAAUACCAAUCUAACUUCAAGUGUGAGGCAUGCUGGAAUAUACUAAAAGAUCAUCCGAAGUGGAUGGAAUUUGUUAGCGGAAAGUUAAGCAAAAUAAGUGGGUGGUCAAGUACGUUUGCUAAAGAAGUUGUUGGAGAGGCAAAUGAGGUCCAGACACUCGUUGAAGGCCACUCUCCAUUCGCACCUAUUGACGGUACUUCAGGGGAAGCGCAUAUAAAUAAUUCCUCAGAGAAAAACCCGAGUCCAUUAAAACUAGGAGGCCCUAUUGCAACUGAUUUGGAACAUCUAAUUGGAGUUAAGAAGACUACGGCCUGUAACAAGCCAAACAAUGAGCGGCAACGAAAGAUAAAGAGGCACAAAGAGUCUCAAGCCUCAAUUUCUCGAACCAUUUACGAUGACAAUCGAAAAAGAGACUUAAAGAGAGAUAAGGAACAUGAGACCGUGUCUAAAAGAGAGCAUUCAAUAAAGAUUACCAAAGAAUAUGCAAACAUAGCUACAGAGCUUGAGAAUAUCGGUGAAAGGUUGAUGGCUGCAGUAGAUAAAUUGAAAGAAUUGGACAAGGACAAUUUAGACACCGAGGACGAAAAGAGAAUGUACGUAAUGCGGAAAGAGCAUGUGGAACACUACAAGCGUGCUUAUAACAUGUUGAAAGCAACUCUCAAAUCACUUGAAGAAGCAAAUUCUCCAAACGUGAAAGUGGCCGAAACAAGUUCUCCAAAUGCGAAAGUGGCCGAAACAAGUUUUCUAAACGCGAAAGUGGCCGAAACAAGUUUUCCAAAUGCGAAAGUGGCCGAAAAAAGUUUUCCAAAUGCGAAAGUCGCCGAAAAAAGUUUUCCAAAUGCAAAAGUGGCCGAAAAAAGUUUUCUAAACGCAAAAGUGGCCAAAACAAAUGCUCCAAACGCGAAAGUGGCCGAAACAAGUGGUAGGUGUACUGACAAAAGGAAGCGACAUUUCAAUGAUUAUAGUGAUUUGGAUUGCCCCCCGGGAUUUGAAAAGCACAAAGUGUGUAAGUAAUGCAUGCUUUUGUGUGACUGACCAGAUUGAGUGACCUUGUAGAUUUAUUUUAUGGCAUUGGGGAUUGAGUGAAUUCUUAAAUUAUGAGUUUUCAGAUGUUGGGAUAUCUUAUAGUAGCAGGUUAAGACUGUCGGAUUAUAGUUUUUGACUUUGUUGUUGUCUGUUUGGUGUUCUUCCAUUUUAUGUCAGUGUAAUUUUGGAGGGAACAAGAUAUUGUGAAAUUAAUUUAGUCUAUGCGGAAAUUAGCGGUAUGUGUUACUUUU